AUGCUCUCUCCGUCUUCCCCAUGUGUUACCAGAGUGCCGUUCACUCCCCUGCAGGGCUUUCUUGAGGAGGCAUUGGCGUGGCGGAGGGAGAGCGUUGCUGAAGAGGCGCCGUUUGGAGUGCGUGUGGUGAAGCGAGCGGCUAGCACUGCUGCAGUGGCGCUCGAUACAGUCACGCCGCUUAUCAUACGUAGCACUUCGUACGGCUACAGUACGUGCAAGCUGCCAGGGACGCCCUUCACGCACGAUGAUCAAGGGGUGGAGGUCCGCCCAGAGCUGCUGGCGCUAGCAGCUGCCAUGUCCCAGUCGAUGCACGGAGGGGACUAUGAUGCAGUGCAUGUGAGGCGCGGAGACAAGGUCAACCCGCGCAUGUGGCCGCACCUUGACAAUGAUACGCAAGCAGCAUCGCUACUGGAGAAGCUGCCCAAGUUCAUUGAACCUGGACGCACACUGUACAUAGCAACCAAUGAGCACGCGCCAGGCUUCUUUGACCCUUUGAAGCGCCUCUAUGACAUUCGCCUGUGGCAAGACUUCAAGCACCUGUGGGCCCCAGGGACCAUGUGGUACGAUGGGUAUGAGAAGAUGUCUGGGGCCCAUCCAACCAUGGAUACAUACAUGGAGGUCAUUGUGGAGUACACUGUUAUGAAAUUGGCGAAGCAUGUUGUUGAGACUCACCCCGCAACCAUUACCACUACCGUCGUCAGCGGUUUGUCAGCAGCAGCGUCAUUGUCGCCUCCCGAUUCUCUCGAUGGCACCGGCCAUUUUUCCUCCUUGCUUUCCCUCCAUCCAUCCACCACCAAUGUCACGUCCUUCCUCACCGCCGCGUCUUCCGCCGCGACUUCCGGCGCCAAUCUCUCCGCAACCGACGCCGCGGUGGCCGGAAUUGGAGCCGCUUCGCGCGGCCGCCGAACUUUUCUCAUCCGUCGCAUUCUCUCCCUUUCCGACCCGUACCUCGCUAUGAUUCUUCUAGCCGUGCUGCGGCUGUACGUUCUCUACACCACCCCGCGCGCGCAGCAGCGGGCGGUUGCGCCCGGGUGGCGCGGGGAGCGGGGGAUCGUGGCGGCUGCCGCGCUGGCGCUGACGUGUGCGGUGGUCCCGCUGAUGCAGCUGAGCGCUCGCGUGUCACUGAGCUCUUUCUCUAAAGACGCGGAUCUGCCGCCUUACGAGGUCUGCUCCUUGAUCCUCGCGUUCCUCGCCUGGGCGCUCACAGCAACGGCGCUCUUCUGGGAGAGAAGGCGCAUGGCAGUGAAGGGCGCGUGGCUGCUGCGAUUCGCAGUGCUCUACGUGAUGGUGGGACAGCUGGCCAAGCUGCGAUUCGUGCUCAUUCUGCAGCAGGACUUCCAGGCUUUCUUUGUGGAGCUCUUCUUUGGCUACACAUCAGCUCACGUGCUGCUGGGUCUGCUCGCGCUCUUCUUCUUCCCCAACCUACUCCCUCUUGAGCGUGCCUCAUCGGGAUUCUCCUCCUCCGCCCUCGCCGCCGCAGAGGCAGAGGCAGCGCCACUCCUGCCAGCGGCAGCAGCAGGGGCAGCAGGGAGUGGUGGUGGUGGUGGUGGUGGUGCUGGUGGUGCGGGGUAUGAGCCGUUGGCUGCAGGGCCUGUGGGUGGGGCGGAAGGAGAAGCAGCAGAGGCGGAGGGAGGAGACAACCAGGGGCAGGUGUGCCCGGAAGACCACGCCAGCUUCAUCAAUCGUCUGACGUUUGGGUGGAUGACGCCUCUCAUGGCCACGGGGUACCGCCGGCCGAUAGAGGACAGCGACGUGUGGCGGCUGAACGAUGGCGACCGCACUGCCACGGUGUAUGGCAGGUUUGAGCGCGCAUGGAGGGAGGAGAAGGGGCGCCCCAAGCCGUGGCUGCUGCGCGCCCUGCACUCCUGCUUUGGUCGCCGGUUCUGGUGGGGUGGUUUCUGCAAGAUCGGCAACGACGCGUCUCAGUUUGUGGGGCCGCUGAUGCUCAGCCGCCUGCUGUCAGCCAUGCAGUCAGACGAGCCUGCAUGGCACGGCUACAUCUACGCCACCAUCAUCUUCCUGGGCCUGGUGGGCGGGGUCAUCUGUGAGGCGCAGUACUUCCAGAAUGUCAUGCGCGUUGGCUUCCAGCUGCGACAGGCCAUGGUAGCAGCGGUGUUCAGCAAGUCGCUGCGGCUGAGUCACAGUGGGAGGCAGGGCUUCAGCACGGGGCGAAUCACCAACAUGAUGACCAACGACGCUGAGUCGCUGCAGAUGGUGUGUCAGCAGCUGCACGGCCUCUGGUCCGCCCCUCUCCGCAUCCUCGUCUGCAUCUUCCUGCUCUACCAGCAGCUGGGGGUGGCCUCACUCCUUGGCUUACUCAUGCUGCUGCUCAUGAUCCCCGCCCAGGCGGUGAUAGUGAACAGGGUGCAGAAGCUGGUCAAAGCCUCACUGCAGCGCAGCGACAAGCGAGUGGCGCUGAUGAGCGAGGUGCUGGCAGCCAUGGACGUCGUGAAAUCAUACACGUGGGAGGAGAGCUUCCAGAGCAAGGUGGCGCGGGUCAGGGCGGACGAGAUGGGGCAGAUCUCCAAGUCCCAGUACAUCAUGGCGAUCAACUUCUUGCUGAUGAGUGUAGUGCCGGUGCUGGUGACGGUGGUGUCAUUCGGCUGCUACUCACUGCUGGGCCACCAGCUCACAGCCGCCAAGGCCUUCACCUCCAUCUCCCUCUUUGCUGUGCUGCGCUUCCCGCUCUACAUGUUCCCCAACCUCAUCACUCAGGUGGUGAACGUGAACGUGUCACUCACGCGCCUGCAGGAGAUGCUACUGGCAGAUGAGACAGACAUUGACGCCCCUGCGCCGCCCAUCGACCCCACCAAGCCUGCAGUUGAAGUCUCCCAUGCCUCCUUCGCCUGGGGCGCUGCCCCCACUGCUGCUGCUAACGGUGCUGGUGGGGGAGGAGGAGGGGCAGGAGGAGAUGGGGGAGCAGGAGCGGGAGAAGGCAAGGAGAAGGGUGGAAUUGUGGGGGAGGGGAAGGACGUGGGGGGCACACUAACGGAUGUGACUCUAUCGGUGGAGCCUGGCAAGCUGGUGGCAGUUGUGGGUGCCACAGGGCAAGGCAAGUCGUCGCUGGUCAGUGCACUGCUGGGCGAGAUGCCCAUGGUGUCGGGGGACUCUCCUCCAAUCAUCAGAGGCCGCGUGGCCUAUGUCUCGCAGGUCUCCUGGAUUUUCAACGCCACAGUGCGCGACAACAUUCUGUUUGGGCUGCCCUACGACAAGCAGCGGUACGAGCGGGCAGUGAGGGUGAGCGCCCUGGAGAGGGACCUGCAGCUGCUGCCAGGAGGGGACCUGACGGAGAUAGGCGAGAGGGGCGUGAACGUGAGUGGCGGGCAGAAGCAGCGCAUCAGCAUCGCCCGGGCGGUCUAUUCGGAUGCCGAUGUGUUCUUCUUUGAUGAUCCUCUCUCCGCCCUCGACGCCCACGUCGCCAAGCAGGUGUACGACACGUGUGUGAGGACGGAGCUUGCCGGCCGCACGCGCAUCAUGGUCACAAACCAGCUGCACUUCCUGCCAGCGGUGGACUGGGUGGUGAUGGUGGAGGGGGGGCGCAUAGCAGAGCAGGGGCCGUAUGUGCAGCUGAAGGCGUCGGCACCCAAGUUCCAGCGGCUGCUGGAGAAGGCAGGCGCGCUGGAGGAGCACGGGGAUGGGGAGGUGGGGGGGGAGGGCGGAGACAAAGCAGGGGCCGCGGGCAGUGGUGAGGGUGAGACGAGCGCUGAAGCGGCAGCUGCUGCUGCAACAGCCGGCAGCAGCAGUAGUGGUGGUGGCAGUGACUCUGCUGCAGCAGCGAACGGUGAUUCUAGCAGCAACAACCGGGUUGGGGAGAAGAGCGGAGCAGGGAAGGGGGAGAAAAGCGGGGCAGGGGGGACGACUCUAGUGCAGACGGAAGAUAAGGCGCAGGGUGUGGUGAGCGCGGCGGUGGUGUGGCGGUAUGUGAGAGCCAUGGGGGGGACGGGCGUGCUGGCUGUGCUCAUCUCGCUCUACGUGCUUGUGGAGGCAGCCAGGGUGCUGGCGAGUGUGUGGAUCAGCAUUUGGACGGGCGAAAGCGGUGGCAGUGGUGCGCAUGGGUCGCUGUACUUCGUGGCGGGGUAUUCACUCAUCUCGCUGGGCCAAGUGCUGCUCACCUUCGCCAACCAAUACUUCCUCGUGUUUUCCUCCCAGAGAGCGGCUCGUCGUCUGCACGAUGCCAUGCUGGCGGCCAUUCUCCGCGCCCCCAUGUCCUUCUUUCACACCAACCCCGUGGGUCGUCUGAUCAACCGCUUCACCAAGGACACGGCGGACAUAGACAAGAAUCUGGCGCAGUACACGUCGCUGUGCCUGGGCGGCAUAUUCCAGCUGCUCUCCACCUUCGCCCUCAUCGGCGUUCUCAACACCGUCGCCCUCUGGGCCAUCGUGCCGCUGCUGCUGCUCUUCUACAUCGUCUACCUUUACUUCCAAAACACCGCACGGGAGGUCAAGCGCUGGGACUCGGUGACGCGCUCCCCAGUCUACUCCCAGUUUGCAGAAGCAUUGAACGGCCUAGCAACGAUCAGGGCAUAUAGGGCAGCACAGCGUAUGGCGGCCAUGAAUGGGCGGGCGGUGGAUCGCAACACACGCUUCACCCUCGUCAGCAUGAGCGCCAACCGCUGGCUCGCCAUCCGCCUCGAAUUCCUCGGGGGACUCAUGAUCUUUGCCACGGCCGUAUUCGCAGUGAUGGACGUGCAGAGGGCGGGCGACCAGGCAGCACUGGCGCCAGUCAUGGGGCUCAUUCUGUCGUAUGCGCUGCAAAUCACAGCCAUGAUGACCAUGGUGCUCAGACUGCUCUCCGUUGCUGAGAACUCGUUCAACGCGGUGGAGAGGGUGGGCAGUUACGCCGACAUCCCCCCCGAAGCGCCAUCCAUCAUUCCGAGCCACCGCCCCCCGCCCGGGUGGCCGCAGAAGGGGGAGGUGUUAUUUGAGGACGUGGUGAUGCGGUACAGGCCGGACCUGCCGCCCGUGCUCAGGGGGCUCUCUGCGCUGGUGCACGGGGGAGAGAAGGUUGGCGUGGUGGGGCGCACUGGCGCAGGCAAGUCGUCGCUGUUCAACUCGCUCUUCCGAUUGGCCGAGAUCGAGAGCGGGCGCAUCUGCAUCGACGGUCAGGAUCUGAAGCUGUUUGGAGUGACGGAUGUGCGCCGUGCGCUCAUGAUCAUCCCCCAGACGCCCGUGCUCUUCACUGGCACGCUGCGGUUCAACCUGGAUCCGUUCAGCGAGCGCAGCGACGGUGAGGUGUGGGAGGCGCUGGGGAGGGCGCACCUGAGGGAGGUGGUAUCUCGCAUGCCGCUGGGGCUGGACACAGAGGUGGCGGAGGGAGGGGAGAACUUCAGCGUGGGGCAGCGGCAGCUGAUCAGCCUGGCGCGGGCGCUGCUGAAGGAGUCGCGCAUCCUGGUGCUGGAUGAAGCGACGGCAGCCGUUGAUGUGGGCACGGAUGCGCUGAUCCAACGUACGGUGCGCGAGGAGUUCAAGGGGCGCACCAUGCUGACCAUCGCCCACCGGCUCAACACCAUCAUGGAUAGCGACCGGAUCCUGGUCAUGGACGCUGGCAUGGCCCUUGAGUACGACACCCCAGCCAACCUGGUGUUGAAUGAAAACAGUGUGUUUGCAGCGAUGGUGCGCAGCACGGGGCCGCAGACCGCCAAGUAUCUGCGCAGUGUGGCGUUGGGGGAGGUGGCGCUAGCAGACGAGCUUGCCGGCCGGGCGGCGACGCAGGAGAAGCAGAUGGCGCGCGAGGCGGCCAAGUGGCGGUGGGCCACUGCCGCGCAGUGGGCCCUCGCCCUCACGCUCACCUCCUCCCAGCGAGACUUGCAGGCCAUGUGUAAUGACAGCGAGGGGGAGGAGGGAGAGAGCAAUGCACUUGUGGCCGUCGCACAGCCGCCAACCUUCCAGAGAGGCGUGCUGGAAGAGACAAGGGAUGCCGCCCAGGUGCUGCAGGCGGUGCUGUCGGGGCAGCGCAGCGAGGAGAUCUCGUCAGCGCUGACGAGGCGACAGCUGUCGGAAGACAAGUGGUGGACGGCUGUCAGCCGCGUGGUGCAGGGCCUGGCCCUCAUGGCGAAGCAGGUGCAGGCGAAGCUCGAGGCGGACGGCAGUCUGCGGGACUCCGCCAGCUCAGCAGGGGCUGCGGCGGGCGGCAGGUGGGCACAGCUGGCGGCAACGGGGGAGGAGAUGGCGGGCGGCAGAGUGGUGUGA